AUGUCGGCCCAAACAGUUCACUCAAACCACAUCUUCCAUGGCCUGCCCCAAUUUCCUGAUCAUGUACAAGGCCUCACUGCCAUCAUUACAGGUGCAAAUGGCAUCUCUGGCCAAUACAUGCUCAAAGUCUUGACCCAGUCUCCAAAAAGAUGGGCUCGGAUCUACUGUCUGUCGAGGCGCCCCCCAGUUGUCGAAGGAAAAUUGCCAGAUUUUGUAAAGCACAUACCAUUGGACUUUCUCGACGAGCCGGAUGUUAUUGCUAAGACGCUGCUUGAUAAAAGUGUGAAGGCGGACUACAUCUUCUUCUUCUCCUAUAUACAAGUCAAGGCGGAGCCUGGUGCUUCUAUAUGGGCGAAUGCAGAGGGCCUACUUCGUGUCAACACCCUACUCCUCUCAAACUUCCUGGAGUCGCUCUCGUUAGCUUCGAUAAAGCCGCGACGGAUCAUGCUCCAAACAGGAGCAAAGAACUAUGGGCUUCACCUUGGCCCAUGUGUGGCCCCCCAAGAAGAGUCCGACGCACGAGUUCUACUUGAACCAAACUUUUACUACAGUCAGGAAGAUCUUCUUUGGGCUUAUUGUAAGAAGCAUGAUAUUGGAUGGAAUGUAGUACGGCCAGCCUGGAUCCUCGGUGCAGUCCCUGAUGCAGCCAUGAACCUAUGCUUCCCCCUUGGUGUAUAUGCAAUUGUAUGCAAGCAUCUUGGCCAAGCUUUGGAUUUCCCAGCAGGCCUUGAAUCAUGGGAGUCUAUUCAUAUGCAGAGCAGUGCUAUGCUCAACGCAUACCUUGAGGAGUGGUGCGUUCUCACAGAAGCUGCUGAAAAUGAAGCAUUUAACGCAUCUGAUGGUUCUCCGUUCACUUGGGGUAAGUUCUGGCCAGAGCUUGCUUCUUGGUAUGGGAUCGACUCCAACGCGCCCGACACUGACGCCACCUACCAUGAGUAUGAUACCGCUCACAACCCACCGCCGCGUGGUUUCGGCCCUGUUGCCAAGGUUCGUGUCAAGUUUUCCUUUGUGGAAUGGGCAAAGCAACCUGAAGUGCAACAAGCAUGGAAAGAACUCGGAUUGAAACACGGCCUCGUCAAUAGUCAGCUCGAUGACACGGAUCGCAUCUUUGGUACCGCCGACCUGGCCGUCCGCACGCCAUACUCCAGUUACCUCAGCAUGCUGAAAGCUCGGAAGCUUGGGUGGCACGGUUUUGUUGACACCACGGAGUCUAUCCUGGAUGUUCUGCGCGGUUUUGAACAGUUGAAGAUGCUUCCCCCACUGCUCGCAGAGGGAGGAAAUGGGAAGAAUUAG